AUGGAUAAAAAAAAAAAAAACGCGGUGAAUUUAUUACAUCAUAAUCAACAUCAACUAUUACCAACAGAAAUGUCAGAAGAUAAAGAUAGCAAAACAAUUCAACUAUUGGAAUUAUUAGAUAGAUACCAAUUACUUACAACAUCGAAUCGUGAUAAUUUUAUCAAUGGGUUUUUCAAUUUAAGUAGAGCUAAUUUCCAAAAUGAGAAAUCAAGAUAUGGAUCGGAUAAAUUUGAUUUACGAAGUUAUCAAGCAUGUAAAAUUGUUGAACAAAUCAAUGAUGGUGAAUUUCAAAUAAUUGAUCGAUUAGAAAAGAAUAAGAUCACUAAAAAGAAAGUAAAAUCAAAUGAUGAAGAAAAAUCAAGUUUACGAAAUAGAAAAGAAAAAUCUAAAGAGGAUGAGAUAAAUGAUACAUCCGGUGAUGAUGAAGAGUUUAAAGAUCCAAUUAGACAAUUUGGUGCUCUUGUACCUCAAGAAUUAAGAAUUAGUCAAAAUGAUUUCAAUAAAGCUUUGGUUCAAUCGAUAGAGAUUAUAAAUUUACAAAAGAAAAUUGAAAAAUUAAUAAAUGAAUUGAGUUAG